AUGGUAAUUUUUCUUGCUCCAACCAGACGAUUAUUUUGAAAAUUUUUAUUGCUAAUUGUAUCAUGUCUUGGAGCUUCUCAAAGCAUCGACAUAAUAGUUCUUACUCUUCAUCUUUUGAAAAUGUCUUACUUUAAUAAAAAUAUUUUGAUAUAUAAUUAAAAAUUAUGAGAAUGAAAUCUCUAGAUGCAUCUAUUAAAUUUAAGACAGUUUGCAUUUAAAAUAUUUUCUAAAUUAAAUAAGAGUUUUCCUUAUAAAUAUUUCAAUUGGAAUUUUUAAAUUAAAUUAUUUUCUAGAGCAAGAAAACCUGCUUACUAAUUAAGGGGUGCACUAACCAAGCCAUUUCCAAGUCUCAAUCUGCUGAUUGGCAAUAUUUUCAGGUUCAAGGCUUAUCUUCCUCCUCUUCUUAUCUCUCAAUCAAAGCAAUAUUUGCUGUUGGAGAAAACGCAGUCCUUAUGACUAAAAGUGGAGACAUUCCUACAAAUUCAGGGAAAGAUUUUGAUUGUGACCAAAUUGACCGCGACGACUGAUACUUAGCCUCAAAAUCCCACAAUUUAAUUCUAUACCCUGAUGAAUAUGACGAAAAUUCUUUAUUUAUUGGUAUCUAUUCUCCUAAUGCUACAUGCGCUUAUACACUCUCAGUAGCUGAGUCUAAAACAGUUAUUUGUGUGAAUGGAUAGUUAUAAUCAAAACCAUGGCGCCAUUCGAAUUUUUGAUAUAUCCUGAGCGAAAACUUUUCUGUUGAAUAUUUUUAUUAAGUGGACCAAGUAAAUUAUCCCAGCAAUGAUAGAGUAUUAAAGCCUAGAGAUGCUGCAGUCCUGGAUAGUCGCCAAAACCAAAUCAAAUUAAAUUUAAAUUAAGCGAUUAUGCUAGCCAUAAGUUGGCAAGCCACUAGCCGUCGCCUAUCUUGGCUCCAAAAAUGUCACUAUCUUGGAUUUCCGAUUUGAGCCACCUGUACAAGAAGAAAAAUAAGGUUAUCCCUACCCUACAAUUAUAAUUGCUUCAUCAUAGCAUCCCAAGGCACAACAAAACGCCAAAUCAGCUCCACAAAAUCAGCUCCACACCAUCAACUCCACAACAUCAACUCCACAACAUCAGCUCCACAACAUCAGCUCCACAACAUCAGCUCCACAAUUCCGCUCCAAAAACUCACGCCUCGCGCCGGCACCUCCUUAGGCCAAACGGCUUUAAAAUCAGCCUCAAGGCAUCUAACCCUUCCUCAUGAGGCAGUUUUCCACCGCGGCGACCUUCUUUCAGGCCCGUCACGCAGAAAACUCUGUCGCCUUUUAGCAGCCGGAUGAUUCAAUGACCAUCGCUGUUGUGCGCCAAGCCUCUUCCUCCAGCAGAAGGCCCUUUCUUUCCUUCUCAGAAAUCUGCCUUUCGAUUUCCUGCACGAUUUCCUCCGUGAUCCCUGCUUGCCUAAGGUCUUCCAGUUGCUCCUCCUUUUCCAGUCUCCUGUGCUUACUGUCAGGCGUGCUCUUCCUUAGGAGGUCGUCGAACUCUAUCAGGGCCCUCUUGGUAUCCCUAUCGACAGCAUCCAGGUCCUCCUCGCUGACAAGCCCCUUGAGUUCAGUCGAGUCUGCAAUUAGCCACGUGUGCCUCGUCAGCCUUUCCGAAGUCUCCCCUAAUAUGUCCCUUAGCCUCCGCCGGGUCUUCCUCCUUAUUUCAGCGUACAAUUCGCACUCAUUGAGGACGUGCUUCUCUGUUUCUUUCACAUUGCAGAGCCUACACUUGUCCUCCUCCCUCUCCCUUUGGUCCUUAGCCCUUAGCGCAGCCAGAGCCCGAGCGGGGCCAGCUCCAUAUCUCCCAGGUAGCCUUGACUCUGGCCUCCCUGAUCAAUUUCUUGUUGAUACCUCAGAACCUCGCCUUUUUCUCCUCUGCUUCAGGGUCGUCCUCUACCAGGCUCUUCAGUUUAACGAAAUUGUUGAGCGUAACCUUCUUUUUGGCUCUCUCCAUUAGUACCUUCCUUCAGUAUCGCUUGGUCACGCCCUUCACACUCUUUUUCCAGUUCAUAGCCAGCCACUCAAUUUUGUCUCCACACACGUAAGGGUAAUCCAGAGAGUACUUCUCCAGCAGCUGCUUGAAGAGAGCGGCUGUUGGCGUUUUAGCCUCGGAUAUGCUCCUCAGCAAGUGCUCGGCUAGCUCAAACUCAUUGGCGAGCUCCCAGAUUUUUUAUGUAAAAAUCUAAGCGACGCCGUGUCAAUGUACUUCUCAAACGUAGGGAUGUCCAUAUCAAGGAGGAUUGACUCAAUUGGGGUGUGUUUAUACACAAAGACAGCCUCCCUCAGGACUCUAUUAAGCUGCCUCUCAAUGGUGCCUAUGCUUCCCUUACUCUUCUCCCGCGAGCAUGUCUCCAUCCCGUACCCUAUCCUAGGGAGAAAGAUGGCCUUGAGGCAGCUUACAAUAACCUUAGACGGUAUGUAGGGGCACUGCUUGGUCACAUACGUCAGCACACUGCAAGUGACCUGGGCCCUCUCCUGCAUAUGUAGGAAAUGGGCUCGGUCCGGGUUCGCCCCUCUCGAGUGUUUGAAAAUCCUUCCCAAGUACUUGUACCCAGUCACCAGUGGGAUGACCUUCCCAUCAUAUCUGAGCUCCUUUAGGGUUGCUAUUGUCAUUUUCUUUUUCCAGUUCAGGACCGGAAAGAUGGCCGUCUUCUCUGGCCCGAUGUUUAAGGACAUCGAGUUCGCUGUGCAUCAGGUGCGGAGCUUCUCCAGGACCUUCUCUAUCUGUUUAACCGACUCCGCGACACCACCUGUACAAGGAUCAGCUUCCUAUGGUAGAGCAACCAUCUAUAGAGUGCCCCGAUGGCCCCGAUAAGGAAAAACAUGUGAUGGAAAACCUUCGGGGGGAGAAACAUGGGUAGGAGCUCGCGCAAAAGUGGCUUUGCCUAAGAGCUGGAAAGACUAUCGUCUUAAGAGUCAAACAUAGGUGGAGUAAUAGCAUUUUGCUGGCCAAAUAAUUUCGGGUCUGAGACUCUUUUAGUGACUUUUUAUCUUAAAGCAUGUUUAAGUGACGAAGCAUAUAUGCUUCAAACUUAAAGGUAAUAAAUAAGGAGGAAUGGAUGCUCAGAUCCUCAAGGGACAUGCAACGAAGGAAUAUGCGUUUGUAAUGCAAAUUAUAUAGGAAAUGAUUGCAGUAUAGACGCAGCUCAAUUAGUGGAAUCUCAACCGGGGUAUUUGAGUUUAACACAAAAUCAAAUUAAAUAUGCAGUUUUUCUUCAUCAAGAUAACGAUGUGAAGAUUGAGUUUAUUUCUUAUGGGACUUCUAUUACAAUGUAUAUAAAAAAUAAGUCAGAUAAUUAUAAAACAGCUUUACCGACUGUUUAUGAAUGAAAAAGCAAGGCAAGUGGAUAUGAUAUAUGCUUGCUUUCUAUAAAAACGAAUUAAUAAUUGAAAAUUAAUAGAAAAUAUUAUAAAUAAAUAUAAAUUAAAAUUCAUUUAGUCGAUUUAAAUAGGUAUAAAAUAUUCUGUGAGUUCUGGGUCUUAUUGAUAUUUUGAAAUUAUUAAUGACAACGAUCAUGCUACUAGUGUCAAGGUAACUAUCACUAAAAGUUCAGGAGGUGGAAGCGAUAAGAUGGUAAUAUUUUGGAUUUUAAUUGGGCUGUCUGCAGCUUUUAUUAUGGGAUGGGUAAUUUUUGCUAUAUAUAAACAUAGUAAAUCAGCAGCAAAUGACCCAAGAGUUUAUUAUAUCUAUCCGGCUUCAUUUUAUCAUAAAUUAUAAUUAAAAAUUUUAAUAUUUAUAGCUCAAAACAUACUAACUCCCCCCCCUCCGUGAGUGAACAAAACCAUUAGAAAAUCGCUAUUUUUUGCCCAAAAACCCACCCCUCCGUGAGUGAACAAAAAUUUUUUUAAUUGAAAAAUUUUUUAUGGAAAAAAUUUUUGAUAUAUAAGUGAUAAUUAGCAUAAUGAAAUCUAGAGCUGAUUCUGUUUAAUUUUAAACGAAUUGCUUUUUUAAAACAUAAACUUUAUAAAUUAAAUUAAUAUUUGCUUUCAAAUUUUCGCGAAUUAGGAUUUUUUUAAAUUUCGAAAAAAAAAAAAAUUUUUUAUAAAAUUUAUAUAUAAAAUUUUUUUUAAAAAAAAAAUAACCGCUCCGUGAGUGAACAAAAUUUUUUUGUUCACUCACGGAGGAGGGGGGGUAAGCCAAUUCAAUUACUUACUAUAUACCAAGAAUGAGCAAUCGAUAAACAGUUUAUUAAAGAAAAUUUUCCAAAAAAGCUUUACAAAGUCAAAGACUCCAACCUAGAAACCAUAACUUGUCCUAUCUGUCUCGAUAACUUCACCCCCAAGGACUACGUAAGAGAACUUUCCUGUGACCACACUUACCACAAAAAUUGCAUAGAUUUGUGGUUCCGAGACAAAACAUACUGCUGCCUCUGCAAGAAAGACUUCAAAAAUUCAGAAAAUACCAUGAUAACCAGCCAAUUCGACAACUCAGUCAGCAUCAACACUUCUAUGAACUUCAACUGGGGCAAUGAGGCGGCAAGUCCUUCACGGUCCGGAGUGCUUCAAACUGUGGAAGAACAAGAAGUUGUGUCAAUAUCAAACAGAAGAGAAUAG